AUGUCGGCUGAAAUGCUCCAGAGUUAUUACGAAUGGGCGAACGCAACAGAAACAAAACUUCUAGACUGGGUCGACCCUCAAGGUGGUUGGAAGGUUCAUCCCAUGGCUGAUUAUCCACUUGCCAACUUUGCAAGUGUCUACAUCAUUUGUAUCGGGUACCUCCUCUUUGUCAUCUUUGGCACGGCAUUCAUGAAACUCGGGAUCCCUGCUAUCAAGACAAGCCCAUUUCAAUUCGUGUACAACCCUAUUCAAGUCAUUGCCUGUUCCUACAUGUGUGUUGAAGCAGCCAUUCAAGCCUAUCGUAACGGCUACUCACCUGCACCAUGCAAUGCUUUUAAAGCCGAUGCUCCCGUUAUGGGCAAUGUGCUCUACCUCUUCUAUUUGUCAAAGAUGCUUGAUCUCUGUGACACGGUCUUCAUUAUCCUUGGCAAGAAAUGGAAACAGCUCUCCAUCUUGCACGUGUACCACCAUCUUACGGUACUUUUCGUCUACUACGUGACAUUCCGUGCCGCCCAGGACGGUGACUCGUAUGCUACCAUUGUACUCAAUGGCUUUGUGCAUACCAUCAUGUACACGUACUACUUUGUAAGCGCCCAUACGCGUGAUAUCUGGUGGAAAAAGUACCUCACACGUAUCCAACUCAUUCAAUUCGUCACCAUGAACGUACAAGGUUAUCUCACAUACUCACGUCAGUGUCCGGGCAUGCCACCCAAGGUCCCCCUCAUGUACCUUGUGUACGUCCAGUCACUCUUUUGGCUCUUCAUGAACUUCUACAUUCGUGCGUAUAUCUUCGGGCCCAAGAAUUCUCCGCCAGUGGUCGUGAAUGCAAAGAAACAGCUCUAA